AUGCUAUCGUCUAAUGUUCCUGUGUCAUCUUCACUGAAAUCUGUUGCAUCCAGUACUGGGAUUGUUCCAACAGAAUGGACACAGUCAGCAGGUUUGCAAGUCAAGCAGUUAGAUGAAGGGACAUUUGUUUCUCAAAGCAAAUUUGCUAAGAACUUGGUCAAAAAGUUUGGACUUGAAAGUUCAAAGUUUGCCAAAACACUAAUGGGAACAACUGUGAAGUUAUCCAAAGAUGAAAAUGGUGUCAAAGUUGAUCCUACACUAGAAGGAACAAUGGUGAAAACUCGUGGAGCUUCCUCUAAGAAGACCCCUGCUUCUCAAUCCAGAAAGGUGCCCUCUCCGUCGCCUCCUCCAUCUGUGUCAACGGCACCUCCAUCUGCUCCAGCACCAGCAACAUCUAUUGGGAAAACUCCCAAAUCCAAGGCACGCAAGAAGGUGUUUUCCCUCUCUACUGAACACCCCAUGGUGUUUCCAGAUAUCACGACUGAUAUUGUCGAAAUCGCACCACCAUCUGAAGUGAAAAGAUUGAAGGCUCAUCCCCCUUCUCCGUCUUCCUUUGAAUCUGACCCCGAGGAAGCGAAAUCUGAGUCUGAAGCAACCCAUGAUACCACCUUAUCUGAUGAAUCUGUUCCUGACAAUGCUGAAUCAGAGGCUGAGUCUGAUGAGCCAGAACAAGAAGACAUUGUCCCCUCUGAACAAGAAGCUGAAUCUGACACAGAGCCAGUUGCAACUCCAUUGUCAUCCAAGGCUAAAGGCAAGAUACCUAUUUCUGAUUCUACACCAUCUCUAAAACUCUCAAGUGUAAAUUUCAAACCUUAUUCUUCUACUUUUUGUUAUAACGACAAUGCUCGUGAUAUGGUUCUCUAUGCUCAAAGGAAAUUUCUCAUUGAGAGAAAUUAUGUCUUGAGUGAUCAUCGACCUUAUGGUGUGCUAACAGUGCUUCAAGAUCGAAAAUGGACAGGUUCUUUGGUUAAAUUUACUGGUUUUAUGGAUAGAAUAGUCAAGGAAUUCUAUGCUAAUCUUACUAAUGAAAUUAUUGAACCUAAAUCUCCUCUGUAUUGUAAAGUGUUUGUUAGGGGCCAUUGGUUCUCUUUUUCCCCACAAGAUAUUUCCCAUGCUUUGCAUCUUCCUCUUGAUGUUGAGGAUGAUGAUGAUCUUGCCUCUCUUGACAAGGAUGCGGUUAUCACUGAAUUAGUAGGGCAAAAAAUGGUAUGGCCAUCUAAUACAGUUAUCUCGGUCGCUAAUCUCACCUACACUUAUGCUGUUCUCCAUAAGUUUACCACAACAAAUUGGAAACCAACUUCUCACACCGCAACUAUCUCAUUUGACAUGGCUUCUUUUUUGUACAAAGUGGGGACCGGAAUUGGUAAUAGGAGAAACUUGAAUCUUCCUUUUCCUCAAGUUAUUUAUAAAGUGUUGAGUAUGCAGAAAAAAGAUCUCCAGCGUGAUCAAGAAGACUUGGUGGCUCCCACUACUGCUACUUCCUACAAAGCCUCUGCUCCAACUACUGAAGCCACUGAUGUUCCAUCAACUAAGAAAGUCAAGCCUCAAUCUCUGAAGUUUGCCUCGGAUGACAUUCCUCUUGAAUCCUCCUCUGUUCCCACAGAUUCAGGACCUGUUGCUACAUAA